CACACAUCUUUAGAAAGGUGGUGUUUAUAAAGUCUCACUUUUUUGCUUCUAAGUCACUUGUUAAAACUGUCAGCUUAUACCAGCAGAAGAGGCACGUGAAGCUCAGGCAGCAAAUGAAGGACCAGAAGCAGGAGACGGGCCGAUGGGGGGGCUAUGAGGAGAGCUUUGACCUUCAGGCAGGGACAUGGGUCUCCCCGCACAUCUCAUACCUCACCUUUAAGAGCCUCAUCCAGCUCCGACGCAGCAUGAACACAGGUGUGACGAUUUUCGACUGUGAGGAGCAGACCCUGGCCGCCAUCUCUGAGAAGAUGGUCAGUGAGAUGGUUAACAAGAAGGAGAUCAGGCCUGGAGACCAAGACGGUGUCCUGAAGGCUCUGCUUCCAAACGCCAGCCAAUCAGGUGACCCAGAGAGCCAAGCUCUGACUGCUGCCGUGAACCUGCAGAGGUUCUCAGUGAAGGAAAAGAAGGAUGAAUCUGAUCGUCACGAGGUCUCCUUGGUGCUCGUUGGAGCCCUGGACUUCCUGGAGAGGCCUACACUUGUGUUUGUGCGUCUGAAGGAAGCAGUGGUGCUGGACUCAGGCCUGGAGUCCCCAGCACCUGUACGCUUCAUCUUCGUUCUGGUCGGACCAAACAAGACUGACUUGGAUUACCAUGAGACCGGCUGUGCUAUGGUGGCUCUACUGGCUGACAAAGUGUUCAAUCAGAGAGCAUUACAGGCGAGGAACACCAGAGAGCUGACAGACACUAUGGCCGACUUCAUGGACUGCAGCGUCGUCAUCCCACCCACUGAGAUCCAGAAUGAAGCCAUGUUCAGCUCCAUCAUCAGCUUCCAGAAGAAACUACUGCAGGGCAGGAUCCAGUCCGCCGGUGCCACUCCACCCCAGGACUCCAAACCUCGAAGAGUUUCCUUCAGCCCUGAGCCUCCUCCUGAAGACCACCUGACUAGUACUGGGCGGCCAUUUGGCGGAAUGAUUCAGGACAUAAAGAGACGUUACCAGCACUACAAGAGUGACAUGACAGAUGCCCUCAACUCCCAGGUCCUUGCUGCCGUCAUCUUCAUCUACUUUGCUGCCCUGUCGCCUGCCAUCACCUUUGGAGGGCUACUGGCUGAUAAGGUGGAAAAUAUGAUGGGCGUCUCAGAGCUCCUCAUCUCCACCAGCAUCCAGGGAAUCAUCUUCUGUUUCGUUGCUGCUCAGCCAAUCCUGGUCAUUGGUUUCUCUGGUCCUCUCUUAGUGUUUGAAGAAGCCUUCUAUGCUUUCUGCAAGUCCCAGGACAUUGAGUACAUAGUGGGGAGAGUGUGGGUCGGAGUGUGGCUGGUCAUCAUCGUGGUGAUCGUCGUGGCUUGUGACGGCAGUGUCCUGGUUCGCUUCAUCUCACGCUUUACCCAGGAAAUCUUCUCCAUCCUCAUCUCCCUCAUCUUCAUCUAUGAAACUUUUGCCAAGCUGGGCAGGACCUUUCACUCACAUCCGCUGAUUCUGAAUUACGAUCAGCUGAAUGCAACUGUAGAAAAUCCCUGGCAACCAAAAGUGGAAGAGACCGUCAUUUAUGACAAUAACACCGGUAAUACAACUAUUAUCAUCAGCACCAUCAAGCCUCCCUUCCCCAACACCGCUCUGCUCUCCAUGUGCCUCAUGUUUGGCUGUUUCUUCAUUGCGUUUUUCCUCCGUCAGUUCAAGAACGGGACAUUUCUACCUGGAAAGGUGAGACGUUUGCUUGGGGACUUUGGUGUCCCUAUUGCCAUUUUCCUAAUGAUUGUCCUGGACUACAACAUUAAUGAUACCUACACUCAGAAACUAAUGGUUCCCAAAGGUCUGGCGGUGUCCAACCCAGCCAAGAGAGGCUGGCUUAUCAACCCAUUUGGAGAGCACCAGAGCUUCCCUGUGUGGCUGAUGUUUGCCUCCUGCGUCCCUGCCCUGCUCGUCUUCAUUCUCAUCUUUCUGGAGUCUCAGAUCACAACUCUGAUUGUGAGUAAACCUGAGAGGAAGAUGGUUAAGGGCUCCGGUUUCCACUUUGACUUGCUGCUUUUAGUCGGCAUGGGCGGGUUCAGUGCGAUAUUUGGUGUUCCGUGGCUCAGUGCCGCCACCGUGCGCACUGUCACCCACGCCAACGCCCUCACUGUCAUGAGCAAAGGACCAAAGCCUGUGAUAGAGAAAGUGAUGGAGCAGAGGGUCAGUGGCAUUCUGGUGGCUUUGCUGGUUGGGUUGUCUAUUCUGAUGGAGCCGAUCCUCAAGUUGAUCCCCAUGUCAGCCUUGUUUGGGAUUUUCCUCUACAUGGGAGUCACAUCUCUAAAUGGUAUCCAGCUGUGGGAUCGUAUGCUUCUUCUGUUCAUCCCCAAGAAAUAUCACCCUGAUGAACCCUACGCCACACAAGUGAGCACAGGACGAAUGCACUUGUUCACUCUCAUCCAGACUGCGUGCCUCAUAAUUCUCUGGAUUGUGAAAUCCAGUCCAGCAUCCCUGGCACUUCCUUUCAUCCUGAUCCUCACCAUCCCUCUGCGUAUGCUCAUGACUGGGCGUCUCUUCUCUGAAACGGAAAUGAAAUGUUUGGAUGCUGGCGAUGCUAAGGUGACGUUUGAGGAGGAGCCGGGACAGGACGUAUACUGUGAAUCUCAAAUGCCAUUGUAGAUGUUUCCCAUGAAUAUGAUGAUGAUAAAUGUAUAAACAUAUUAAUAUAUACAGAAUAUGUUCAUUUAUUUAUUUCCUAUGACAGGGACAAAGCACUAUCAAACAACAUGUCAAAUAUUUGCUUUGUGUAGAUUCUAAAACAAUGAUUUAUUAAUAGAUGAACAAUUCAUUUCACAGCUCAAAGUAUGGCUGAAGUGAUGACCACACUCCAUAAAUGAAUGUAAAGAUAAAUAAGUGCCAAGUACAAAUAAGCCUUUCCCUAAAAAAACAGUUGUUUUUGUUUUCAUGUCCUUUAUGAGUAAAAUGCAAACUCUGACUUAUUGGAUCAUUUACGUGCAGCAGAUGUCAAACUGUUCCACUGGAGAGGAAUCACAGCUGUACAAUACAAGGACAGAAGGUG